AUGGCCGACUUGCGGCCGAUGCUCAAGGUACCACCGCCAAUAGCUCUCGUGGUGGAUGGUCCCGGUGCCUCUUUUCUUCGUUCGCUGGACAUCGACCGGCUGAACGCCGCAGUACCGUUACCAGUAGAGUCGCAACCCCACAUGCCUAUGCUCAUUCACUCGUUCAUUGAGACCUUUGGGAUGGACCCGCUCCCUGUUGACAGUGGUAGCCUCGCAUUUCUUCUCAAGACGACGUGGAUCCAACAAGCGCUUGCUGAUCCUUGUGCACUGCACACCACCCUUUAUGCCGCGUCAGCCCAUUUGGACGCAUUCCGAGGUGCCAAAAAUAGCAAUAUGACAUUAUAUCACUAUACAAUUGCACUGCGGUUGCUCAAGGAGAAAAUGAACGAUCCAGAUGCAGUAUACAGAGAGGCUUUCAUGGCUUGUGUUGCACCAUUGGUCUUUUUCUCGGUACGUCGGCUGCUUUAG